GGGGAGAUGCAUUCAGGCCCCUGUUGGUGCUUUCAGGGGAUCUACAAGUGUGGUCAAACAAGCUAGUCAGUGAAAAGGUGGACGCAUUUGAGGAAAACCCCUUUUUAGUGUUAGUGUUUGGUGAAACUCCUGAAAACCUACACAGAUAGAUACAGAUUAAUAUAGUUAUAAUGCUCUUUCUUGUCUUUUCAUCUUCUGUUCUGUGGGAUGGCCUCUUCAAGUGACUCCUCUAGAGAAGAGCUUCAGACAGUCCAAACCAUAAGAUGGCGUAGAAGACAGAGAAGUGGAGCUUGUGUAGCAAAGAUUGUGGUGUUGAAGAGCACAUUGCGAAGAAGAACGAACGUAUACAAGAAGAGAGACUGUUGCACAAUGUGCUAGGAGAGUGCGGGAAGAAAUCGUGUAGUUUUUCUGAUAUUGUUGAGGUGUCAGAGAGACCAGAAAGGACGCAGCCAUGGGGCGGAAGAAGAUACAGAUCACCAGGAUCAUGGAUGAGAGGAACAGGCAGGUUACCUUCACAAAGAGGAAGUUUGGCCUGAUGAAAAAGGCCUAUGAGCUGAGCGUACUAUGUGACUGUGAGAUAGCCCUCAUCAUUUUCAACAGCUCUAACAAACUGUUCCAGUAUGCCAGUACAGACAUGGACAAAGUGUUGCUGAAAUACACAGAGUACAACGAGCCCCAUGAGAGCAGAACCAACUCUGACAUUGUGGAGGCGCUAAACAAGAAAGAACACAGAGGUUGUGAUAGCCCGGACCCCGAUGCCUCAUAUGUCCUCACUCCUCACACAGAAGAAAAGUAUAAAAAAAUUAAUGAGGAGUUUGAUAAUAUGAUGAGAAAUCAUAAAAUCCCCACAGCAUUGCCUCAGCAGAACUUCUCCAUGCAUGUGGCAGUGCCUGUAUCCAACCCGAAUGCCAUGUACCAGCCAGGAGGGACUCUGGGCAGCCAGGCCCUGGCAGCAGCCGCGGCCUCCCUGAGUGACAGUGGGAUGCUGUCCCCUCCACAGGCCUCUCUGCACAGGCAUGUGGGCUCAAGUGGAGGACCACAGAGGCCCACCAGUGCAGGUGGCAUGCUGGUUACCACAGACCUUUCAGUGCCAAGUGGUAUGGGCUCCAGCCCAGCGGGGAACGGUUUUGUUAACCCCAGAGGCUCUCCAGGCGUCCUCAGCACACCCAGCGGCAAUGGCCUGGGGAAAGUCAUGCCCACCAAGUCUCCACCACCACCUGGAGGGAACAUGGGAAUGGGAGGCCGCAAGCCAGACCUACGGGUUGUUAUCCCUCCAUCUAGCAAAGGGAUGAUGCCCCCACUGAACACCCAGAGGAUUAGCGGCUCCCACUCCACCCAGCCACUGGCCACUCCAGUAGUGUCUGUCACCACCCCCAGCUUACCACCACAGGGCCUGGUCUACUCCGGCAUGCCCACCUCCUACAACCCAGCUGAGUUUUCCCUGAGCAGUGCAGAGAUCUCUUCCCUACAGGGCUUCAGCUCUCCUGGGCUCUCACUGGGCUCCAUGUCGGCAUGGCAACAGCAUCAACUGGGCCAGGCAGCUCUUAAUUCUUUGGUUGGUGGAGGUCACCUACCUCAGGGCUCCAACAUCUCCAUCAACACCAGCCAGAGCAUAAACAUCAAGUCCGAGCCCAUUUCGCCGCCACGGGAGCGUGUCACCCCAUCUUGCUUUCCCCAUCAGCAGCCGCAGCAAGGGUCCAGCCGACAGGAAGUCCUGGGACGUUCACCCGCUGACAGCCUCAGCUCCUCCUGUAGCUCUUACGACGGCAGCGAUCGCGAGGACCACCGGCCAGACUUCCACUCCCCGCUGGGACUGGGCAGGCCCCCUGCUGGCUCUGAGGACAGGGAGAGCCCCUCGGUCAAGCGCUUGCGCAUGGACACAUGGGUGACAUAAAGAGCCCUGCUGAAGCCUCCAGUCACCAGCCAGUCAGAGAGGGGGAGGGGUUAGACAUGGAGAUAAAAGAGAGAGCAAGGGUCCUUAAAGCUAUCAUUAUGAUACUAUUAUUCAACUCCAUUUCAAUUUGUAAGAUGACUGAGUGGCAAAUGUUAUAAGACGUGUCAGGACAUAUCUAAAGUAAAUUCUUAAACUGAUACAGUAAGAUAAAAAAUAAAAAAACUCAGUUAGCUGGACUGAAUUAUUAUGCACAAGCAGUUGGUAUCAGGUACUUGGUGCAAUUCAGAUGACAUUUGCUGAAGAGAAAUGUUCAAUGGAAAUUGUUAAACAAUAGGGGGUAGAUUAUUGUAGUCACUGGUCUAGUCAGACACUUACAUGUAGUUGCUGUAUUGCUGUUGUGCUCGCAAGUUGCAAUCAAUCAGAGAAAGUUGUGUUGCUUUCAGGCUGAGGACCCUUACAUAUGAUGUUCACUGCAAGAACUAUCUUUUAAAAUCAUGCUGUAACCACACAAGACCUUUAUCUCAAGUGGCCUCUUGUAAGUUAUUGAUUCAGGAGAUACAGAGAACACCGAGUUAAUUAAGACUACACAGGAAAUUGGAUCACACAGUAAAUAAUAACAGUUGAGACUACUUUAAUGAACAAAUGAAAAAAUACAGUUUUUUACUGGAGGUAAAAAACAAAAUAGCAACUGAAUUUAUUGCAAUAAUGACAUACUAUUCAUUUUAUAAUUUAAAAGAGUAGGAUAUAUAUGUGCAAUUAAGAUAAUGCGAACCUGUCCAGUUGAGCUGGUGAGAAAAUCAACAUGUUCACAUUUGUGUAACAGUUCAUCAGUAAUAUAAGCCAAAGCUGUUCUUUUGUGUUGUUUUGUACAGUUGCUACAGUUUCCUUACAAGUCACUCGAAGCAUCAUUUCUGUCAUCAGUUUUAUUUUUUAUUGUGCUUUAUUGCAAACAGUGUAAAGUCGUAUAAACCAGAUCUUGAAUCGAUAUCUAAAGCCAUGAACAUUUGCUGUUCUGUUUGUAUAAUUGAUAAUUUGAGCCAAACAUUUUCUUCUGUUGUGUGUGUAUAUAGCGACUUUAAUAUAUAUCACCAGGGUGUGAGUACAUACUGAAUGUACUGUACCAACACCGUUUUCAAGAAAAGUAUAUUUUUGUGGAUUUCAGCCAAGUUUACAAGAGUAUACCUUAAAAAGUAGAUCAUUCACUGGUCAAUAUUUGCUAUUUUGUUAAUUUUACUGUAAUCUCAUCUAAAUUGAAUUAUCAACAUAACCUCCGAUAUGUUUUAGUUCCAGAUGGUCAAUUCGUUUUUUUUCUCUCUUUAUUAGUGAUUACUGUUUGUCCUGAAUACAUUGUAAUAGCAACGCUGUGAGGUUGAAGUUCCACUAUUUUCUAACUUGUGAAGUAUGAUCACAAGGCUAGGGGAAAUAGGGUUUCUUCCCUCCUAUUGUAGUUGUACACCAGCAGCUGCUGAAUGCACUGCCAAAAUUCAAUCCCGAGGUCCCAGCCCCACACUGAAGAAUAAUCCAUUGUUAUUGCAUGUAGCUCAACUGUCAUCUCUCAAGUUCUUUCCACUAUCCUGUUAUUGCUUCACUGAUUUAAAGCAGAAGACAAAACGUGGCAGAAGUGGCUGCUGACCUUCACACAAAACUGAUCAUGCCUGUGCAUACAUAUGUGGUUGUAAAUAUCGCAGUCAGUCCUAAUUCUGUACAAAAUACUCAUGUGUUUCCUUAAUUGGCCCCAGAAAUGGUAUCUUAUAUCAAUGCCCUAGUACUAGUAUGACUACUAUAGGCCUUGGGAGCUGGAAAAGUGGAAAUCUGAAGGCGUUGAAGAAGGUGUUGCGACAGUUUUAUUACCCCGUGCGGAGACAGGGAGGGAAAAAAGGGGGCUGUGACUUUUUCAUCAUCACAGGAGCAAAUAAUUCUGCAGCUAAUUCAGAGACACAAUGUAAUUAACCCCAAUCUCACCGCUGGAUUGCACACAUUUAUAAGAGAAGUUUGCUGUACGCGAAAGGUAUCGCUCUGCAUUCACCGGGAUGUAUCUUGUGUUUGUGCUUCUGAGGUUUCUCCGCCCCAUCAUAAGCUCCAUGGUAGUUCUCAAUAUACAACCGUAAGGAUCUAUGCAGUUUUAGCCCCAAUUCACCGCACAUAUGCAGAAUAUGAUGUCAUCACAGGUCACGUUUAGUCCACAGGGCAUCAGGAAGAAGAGCAUCUGAGGAUUGACUGUUAGCCUCUUAUCCUGUGGUGGCUGCACUACAAGUUACAUAAAAUACAUUUGAUUUAAAUGAUUGAUUUGGAUACCCCGGGGCAAUCUCUUCAUGUUCAUAUACAUUGGUAGACAUACUUUACAUAAUAUGUAGUAAUCCAUAAUGUAAUCCAGUUUAACAAAGCAGGUGAAAAUAGCAAUAAUAAAUGACUACAACAAAAAUAGUCUGCCUGUUUUGGCAGCACCACCUCGUAGUUGAGCACAUACUUUAGCACUUGAUAACAUAUCAGGGAGUUUUGUAGUUUGUCGGUCUAUAUGCACAGUUAGGAAAUGCCUUAUCCCAAAGAAAGAUGAUACCAUUUUUAUUUAAUUUUCUCUUAUUUAAAAAAAAAAAAAAAAGACAAUGCAGACAUCACUCAAGCUUAACCAGACCUGCCUCUUCUCAGAAAAGACACACAUAAGAAAAUGCCCGGUGAAUGCACGGCGAUAUAGUUCACUUUGCUCUUUUGGUCCAUGUCCCAUGUCCAAAUUGUGCACAACUGAUGAAUGUGAAAGGAAAAGGUAAUCAAUGAACCCCAGAGAGAACUUUCUUCACUUUGCUGUGUAAAAGGACACUGCUUUGCUUCUCGGCUUUUAUAAACAGAACUAUGUGUUUGGUAAGUGUUUGUAGUUGAUAGUUCACUUAACUAAAGAAGCUGUUUUCGGUUUGAUUGCUCAGACCGUUUGGCGGCACAAGCUGGACUUUGUUGCCAAUAUUGAAAUUAUUUGUUUCAAAAUUGAAAGAAAUUUUAAGUUAACAUUUUAUUUCCCUUGAAUGUGUUAUUUUAUUUUCAUCAUACAAUAAAUAUUCAAGUGAACUUUUUAUUAAACAAUUAAGAUACUAUGCUAGAUAUUGUUGUACAAAAUUUGUAUUCUCCACAAAAGUACAAAUAUUGGCUUUUAAUGUGUAAUUUAGGUUAUCUCUCUUAUUCUGUAUAAAAUGAAGUAAACAACUCUUGCAUAGAAUUUGUUCUCCUGUGAAGUCCCAAACAGUAGAAACUGUCAACUUUAUUAAACACCUCAGUGUAUGCUCAAUCUGAA